CAUUUUCGAAGUCGUGAAAUUUCCAGCCUAGUUCACGAUUCCACGUCCGCCAUCUAACCCUCCAGCCAGCCCCGUAGUUGAUUCCGACACCCCCAAACCGACACAAUGGCCAAGCUCUCUCGCGGUGCCCCCGGUGGCAAGCUCAAGAUGACCCUCGGUCUUCCCGUUGGUGCCGUCAUGAACUGCGCCGACAACUCUGGUGCCCGUAACCUUUACAUCAUCUCCGUCAAGGGUAUCGGUGCCCGCCUCAACAGACUGCCCGCCGGUGGUGUCGGUGACAUGGUCAUGGCCACCGUCAAGAAGGGAAAGCCCGAACUCCGCAAGAAGGUCCACCCCGCCGUCAUCGUUCGCCAGUCCAAGCCCUGGAAGCGUUUCGACGGUGUCUUCCUGUACUUCGAGGACAACGCCGGUGUCAUCGUCAACCCCAAGGGUGAGAUGAAGGGCUCCGCCAUUACCGGCCCCGUCGGUAAGGAGGCUGCUGAGCUCUGGCCCCGUAUUGCCAGCAACUCUGGUGUCGUCAUGUAAAGGAGUUUUUUUUUUACACAAGUCAAGAAAUAAAAGGGCGAAAAGGACGACGUUAUGGCUACGGAUUAGGUCAACCGGUGCGAACCAUUGGGACAUACUUCAUCACCCCUCCUCCUCUCUUCUCCUUGACACCUCUCUCCCCCCACCCUGUCGUCAUGAAGUGAAAGAGAGCGAGGUCGAAUGGAUUCCAUCAUCACACACAAAACACCAUCUGAAAGAGGGUUGUGGGCCUGGUUUUUUUCUUUUUAGUUUCCUCGCUGGACUGGCAGGCUCUGCAUUUCGGCUGUGGCGUGUAAAGGGAAAGAAAUUCAUACCAGGCAUUUCGCAUACAGGAGAGAUACAAAAAUCCGAUUCUUUGCGCACGUUAC